AUGAAGAAGCUCUUGACGACAACCGUUCUUGCGGCAGGCAUUGGCUUGACGCCUCUUGUGGCGCAGGCCGAGCCGAUCAGCCUUGGCGAUUUCGAGCUUGCACCGCGAAUUGCCGAAAGCAUCGCGGCAGGCGAGCCCCUCGAUAUCUUCGUGUCCUAUCACGACGUUUCCAACGAGUUCGCGCCGUUCGUGCGGGCCGGCGUUGAGCGCGCCGACGAAGCCGACAAUGUCAAUGCGCGAUUCAUCGGCCCGGUCGGCGCGGACGCCGAUGCCCAGAUCUCGGAAAUCGAGACGCUUCUCGACCAGAUGGACGGGCUGGCUAUCUCGUCGGUCAGCACCGAUGCGCUCGCGCCGCUGAUCAACCGGGUCGUCGAGGCGGGCAUCCCGGUGAUCAGCUACAAUACGGACAAUCCCGACAGCAAUCGGCUGGUCUUUGCCGGUCAGGAUCUCGUCCAGUCCGGACGCGAAGCGGGCAAGCUGAUGGCCGACAUACUCGGCGGCGAGGGGCGCGUGAUGAUCACCACGCUCGAUGCUGCCGCGCAAUGGUCGCUCGACCGGGAGAACGGCGCCCGCGAGGCGCUGGGCGAACAUGACGGCAUCGAAGUGGUGCGCACUCUGAACACCGGCACCGACCCCCAGGAGAUCUUCGCAGCGAUCGAGAACGCCAUGCUGGCCGAUCCGAACAUUGACGGCAUCCUGUCGCUCGAGUGUUGCUCGACACCGGCGGCCGGCGAAUGGGUCGAACGCAACAAUCGCACCGGCGAGGUCAAGGUGGUCGGCUUCGACCUGCUCGAUCAGACCGUCGAACUGGUCGCCGAAGGCGUGAUCCAGGCGACCAUCGACCAGGCGCCCGAGCGUCAGGGCUAUGAGGCCGUGAACCUGCUCGUGACGUUCCUUGGCGGCGAUGCAAUCGACGAUCUGGACACCGGCGUCGGCGUCUAUACGCCCGACAACAUCGCCGAAGUGAUGCAAUAA